CUGUACUGUGUCCGCAGUCUCUGGUCAUCUCCUGUACUGUGUCCGCAGUCUCUGGUCAUCUCCUGUACUGUGUCCGCAGUCUCUGGUCAUCUCCUGUACUGUGUCCGCAGUCUCUGGUCAUCUCCUGUACUGUGUCCCGCAGUCUCUGGUCAUCUCCUGUACUGUGUCUGCAGUCUCUGGUCAUCUCCUGUACUGUGUCCACAGUCUCUGGUCAUCUCCUGUACUGAGUGCGUCUUAUGG